UCGCUGUAACAGCCGUCAAACGAACGAAGGACGGUGUUGUUGCAUCUUAUCCGUUUUGUGGGUGAGCUUUUCUCUACUGCCCCAGGAUUAUUUCUAUGCCCUUGCUUUCGCUGGAAUAGCAUCAGGACGAAUAGCGGAAAGUUCAGCGCAUUCUUCAUGAAGUCAGCAAAGUGAGGCAAAACAGUUGAGCCGGUUCAUAACAGUGGGCCUUAACUGGCAGCAAAAGUGAAGCUUCCGGAAGUGUGAAUUUGCUCACAUAUUUUCUACGGUCGUGUGUCUUCAAAACAGGUGAUAAGUGUGAACUCGAGUUCCUGGUGACGCAAAACAAAAAAGUACUUAAACUGACACCAUACCGGAAGGUUAGCCGCGCCGAAGGAGAAGCAAUUCUCAACAGAAAUUAACCUUCAAAAUGGAUGCUUUGCCGGAAUCAGCUCAUUUUAGCAAAAAUCAACCACUGUUUGUUGUCCGCAGCUAGCUGGUUUGCGCUCCAAACAGAGGACCAGCAAUCUUACCCAAUUGUGUUUAGGGAAAGUGGAAGAGUAGCCCAAGUUAUCAAUUAUUAGUUUUCUGUUUUCAAAUUUUUAAAAAUUACGUGUAUACUCAACGCAACCUUCCCGGAUCCAACGAUUAAGGUUUUUCCCGGUGGAAAAUUAUUAUCAUUAGUUGGAGUAAUUUUCGACUACUAAACGAACCUGUCACUUUAUUUCGAAACAAGUUGAACCCCAUCUAUCGACUUGAUCAUCCUGUAUUAUAUCGGAGCCCGUAAUAUCAAACGGUCAUACUUAGUUGAAAGUUAAUCAAGAUGGUAAAGGAGAAGCCCAAUUCGACCCGAAUCUACGACAAAGAUGGAUACCGACGACGCGCCGCGUGCAUCUGCGUACGAUCUGAAACUGAGGCUGAGGUUCUACUGGUAACGUCAUCACGCCGUCCUGAGCUGUGGAUUGUACCCGGUGGUGGAGUCGAACCUGACGAAGAGCCUUCGUUGACAGCAACCCGCGAGGUUCUAGAGGAGGCGGGUGUGAUCGGCAGUCUGGGACGGUGUCUAGGGAUAUUCGAGAACAGUGAACAUAAGCAUCGGACUGAGGUGUUUGUUAUGGUCGUUACCCAGGAACUGGAGGAAUGGGAAGACUCGAAAACGAUCGGUCGCAAACGUCAAUGGUUCUCGAUCGAAGAAGCUCUCACGCAGCUGGCACUGCAUAAGCCUACCCAGCGCCACUACCUACAGCAAUUGCGCAACUCGAAAAAUGACUCAUCACUCACUUCGAACUGCAUACACGUCGUUACCGACGACCCGGAGGAUGACGAAGGAGAACCAACAAAUACGUUCAGCGAGAACCAAACGACAACACCACCUGCACUGGAAACCGAGACACCAUCAGUCGACAUGGAAGCAACUUCUUAAAUUUAAACCGAAUGUGUAAACCACUUUGAUUUGCUUGCUUUCCUCUGUAAAGAAAAUUUCUGAAGGAAGAGUCCAAAACAACUAUUCUCCACAUAAAUGUUGCCGUGAUUUCCGCCCCGUUUUCUGAAGUCUAGCUCUGGCAUUCACUGCGGAAAAUCAAAAUCAUCGUUUCAUAUCCAUCUCAUAGAACAAGUAUUUUGCUUUAUUUUCGAAUAACUCGACGAACUGUUGGCAAACUUCGAUGAAAAAUUCUACUCAGUAUAUACAGAAUGACAUCAGAACCGCAUUAUGCAAUUUUGAAGUACACCUGUUUUAGUAACAACUUUCCACAAUCACCGAAUGCCCUGGAGGAUGUUCCACUCAUCUAAACCUAACGAGAGCAAAUAUUAAAUUCACAGGCAAAUGUGGAAUAUUUUAAAGAAUAAUUCAAGUUUACACGAUAAAAUAUUCGAAAUGCUGAUAACAAUAAACAAUGCAUUCAUAACGAAGAACAACUUACAUUAGCAGAAGAUAAAAACUUUAUCAAUUGAGUAAAAAUCUGGCGGAAAUUACUAAUGUGGAAGGAUAAGCUAAAACCAGCGUAGAGAAAAUAUAGAAAUGAAACAACCCACAAACUUUUACGACCUCCUAACAUCAUACAGCGGAUCCUAUUUCGGGUUGUUUGACAAUGCUAAAUUGAGUUGUUUUUUUUUUUUUUUUUUU